AUGGGGGAACGAUCUCUUACGGCCGGGGACUGCUCCGAACCCGCUCUUGAGCAACCCAGAGAGGUAGACCAAGUCAUUCCGGAGAAGACGGACGGCAAUAUUCAAGACACCAAGCCAGUAACAUCGGCAGUACCGACCAUCUUUGCAGAGAGCUCCCCUGGCAGAGAUGCGUCUCUCAACGAAAACGACCUCAUGGGCGCAUACAGCAAGUUUGCACCCACCCAGCGCAUCAUCAUCAUCACUUUUGCCAGCGCCAUCGGUCUGCUGAGCCCCCUGAGCUCCAACCUAUACACUCCAGCAAUUCCAGCCGUCGCGAGGGACUUGAACGUCUCCACCGAUGCCAUUAACUUGACCAUCACUUCGUACCUCGUGCUGCAAGGAAUCAGUCCCACUCUCUGGAGCGCUAUUGGCGACAGCACCGGCCGCCGACUGCUUUACAUUAUUGCCCUGACCGUCUACCUAGGCUCCUGUGUCGGCCUCGCCCUGUCUGACACUUACCCGGCCGUCGUAGCCUUGAGGGCAGUCCAGGCCAUGGGCUCGGCUUCGACCACAGCUCUCGGCGCCAGCCUGAUCGGCGACCUGAUCCACAUCAGCCAACGCGGCUCAUACAUGGGCAACUAUAGUGCCCUAGGCGGAGCCAGCAGCGCCUUCGGCCCCCUCCUCGGCGGCCUGUUUGCCCAGUACACCGGCUGGCGAGGCAUGUUCGUAUUCUUGUCGGCGCUCGCCGUGUUUCUCCUGCUCUUCACCGCUCUGCUCCUCCCCGAGACGAAGCGUGGUAUCGUUGACGAUGGAACGGUGCAACCGCCGCGGUACCUGAGGGUGCCGCUGAAAUGGCUUGACGCACCCAAGUCCAGCCCCGAGGCCGUCGGGCAGGCGGGGGCCAAGUUUCGGAUCGAUUUCGGCGCCCCAGUCCGUCUGCUUGUUGAACCCGAGUGUCUAUGCAUCGUCCUCUUCGCCGGCGUCUGCUUCGCCGUGUGGCAGGUCACAAUGGUGGCAACCGCGACGCUUUACGCGGAGCGCUACGGUUUGAACGAGCUGAGCAUCGGCCUGACGUACAUCUCGAACGGCGUUGGCUCCAUUUGUGGCAGUGUACUCACAGGGAAGCUGUUGGACCGCGAAUACAAGCAACAACUCGUGAGGGAACGGGCAGCCAGACAGACCGCAGAUGACGACAGAUCACCUCCUGUCGUCGAAGUGCAGCAUAUCGAGCUCGCGCGUAUAAAGCCCAUUAUUAUCCCCACCAUUGGUUAUGUGGUGUCUGUCGUCGCCCUCGGGUGGAUCAUCGAGUCCCAUGUCCACAUUGCCGCUUCCAUCACGAUGGCGUUCUUCGUCGGAGGUCUAAACACGAUCAUCUUAGCCGCAUUUUCAACCCUCAUCGUCGACCUCUUCCGGAGCCAGAGUUUCAGUGCCACGGCGUCCAUGAACCUGUCACGAUGUCUCCUAUCUGCUGAUGGCACCGCUGCCAUUGGGCCCUUGAUCCGGGCCGUCGGCGUCGGCUGGGCCUUUACGAUCUGCGCGGUCGCCGCGCUAGCUUCGUGUUCUUUCGCUGUGAUAGAGCUUUGGAGGGGUCCACGCUGGCGCGCAAAGCGAGCGGCGGCUGCGGAACGGGAGAAGGUAGGUUGA